AUGGAUUCCUAUGAUGUGAUAGCAAAUCAGCCAGUUGUUAUCGAUAAUGGAUCCGGAGUAAUUAAGGCUGGAUUUGCUGGUGACCAGACACCGAAAUGUCGUUUUGCUAAUUUUGUUGGACGACCGAAGCAUACAAGAGUGAUGGCUGGUGCUCUCGAAGGCGACUUGUUUAUAGGUCCCAAAGCACAGGAGUAUCGAGGACUGCUGGCGUUGAAAUAUCCUAUGGAACAUGGCAUAGUGACAGAUUGGAAUGAUAUGGAACGCAUAUGGCAAUAUAUUUAUAGUAAAGAUCAACUGCAGAUAUUUCCAGAAGAACAUCCAGUACUACUUACGGAAGCACCGUUGAACCCACUUAAAAACCGAGAAAAAUCGGCUGAAAUAUUCUUCGAAACUUUUAACAUACCUGCACUGCACAUUCAAAUUCAAGCUGUUCUUUCGCUGUAUUCAACGGGUCGUACAACAGGCGUUGUUCUGGAUUCAGGAGAUGGUGUAACACAUGUUGUGCCUAUCUUUGAAGGUUUUGCUAUGCAGCAUGGAAUUGAGAGAAUGGAUGUCGCAGGACGAGAUGUAACCAGGUAUCUUCGUCUAUUACUUCGCAAAGAAGGAGCUAACUUUCAUCGUUCAUCAGAAUUUGAAAUCGUCAGAGAAAUUAAGGAAAAAAUGUGUUACAUUGCGACAAAUGCUGCAAAAGAAGAAAGUAACGAAAGCGAGAAAGCAGCGUAUAAACUUCCCGAUGGUUCGACACUCGAAAUUGGACCAGCUAGAUUUCGUGCUCCCGAGAUAUUAUUUCGGCCAGACAUUAUUGGGGAAGAAUGGCCAGGCAUCGCUAGUGCUCUCGAUUUAUCCAUAAGACGUUGUGAAAUAGAUCUGCGCAAAAAUUUGUAUAGCAAUAUUGUAUUAAGUGGCGGAUCGACUAUGUUCACUGGAUUUGGUGAUCGACUGUUAGCUGAAAUGCGUCGAUUGGCACCUAAAGAUGUAAAAAUUCGAAUAUCCGCACCGCAAGAGCGAUUAUAUGGCACCUGGAUAGGGGGUUCAAUUCUAGCCAGUCUUGACACAUUUAAGAAAAUGUGGGUUAGCAAAAAGGAAUAUGAAGAUGAAGGCAAAAAAGUAUUACACAGGAAGACAUUCUAA